AUGUUUGGGUUAUCAUACUGGUUCCUGCCGCUGUUCGCGGGAUGUGUAUGGUUAGGCACCCUCCUCGCCAUGCUGGGCCGCUGGGUCGCCAUCGGCAGCCCGCACUACUCCACCUUCAACGACACCCAACACAUCGCAUACAUCUCGGACAUUGGCGCGACGUCCUGGGGCAAGCCGCUGUUCAUCGCCGGUAGUGCGGUAUGCGUGGUGGUGUUCGACCUGGCCUUCGUCGCGGAGCGAUGGCUGCGACACAAGGGGCGCUUGACGCAGAACUACAACAACACCGAGAAGAUCCUGAGCAUUUGCGCGACCAUCGCGGCGAUUGUGGGUGCGCUGGGCUUGAUUUUCCUCACGAUUUUCGAUACGAAGAGGUAUCCGCAUGUGCAUGAUGCCAUGCUGAUUGUGUUCAUCGCCGGCUACAUCGUCUCCGCCAUCUUCAUCUGCGCCGAAUACCAGCGUCUCGGAAUCCACUACCGUGACCAACGCAUCCUCGCCGCCUCCUUCUGGAUUAAGCUCGCCUUCAUCUUCAUCGAAGUCGCGCUCGCCAUCGCCUUCGGCGUCCUCGGCUACCAAGACCACUACAACCGCGCCGCCGUCAUCGAGUGGACCAUCUCCCUCAUCUACAUCUUCUACAUCUGGUCCUUCAUCAUCGAUUUCCUGCCCGCCACUCGCACGCGGCACGUCAACGAUCGCUUCCCCGCGCCGCUGAGGAAGCAGGAUGAUGAGAUGGGCAUGACGACCCAGGCGCAGGGGAAUAUGAUGGGCGGCCCCGUGUAUUCGAAUGGAGGGCAUUAUCCUGAUGAGCAGGGGGUUCCUUCGAGGAACUUUUAG